CCCGGUCCAAGAGCAUGGUGAUGGGCGAGGUCUCCCGGGGGUCCUGCCGGCCCGCCUCCCCCAGCCUCCAGGAGGGGGCGCUGAAGGCCGGCUGGCUGAAGAAGCAGCGCAGCAUCAUGAAGAACUGGCAGCUCCGCUGGUUCACGCUGCGCUCAGAACACCUCUUCUUCUACAAGGACGAGGAGGAGACCAAGCCUCAGGGCUGUAUACCUCUGCAGGGUUGCCAGGUCAACGAGCUCACAGCCAAUCCAGAUGAACCAGGAAGACACCUGUUUGAGAUCGUACCAGGAGGGUCUGGGGACAGGGACCGGGCCCCCGUCAGCCAUGAGUCCUUCCUGCUGAUGGCCAACUCUCAGACGGACAUGGACGACUGGGUCAAAGCCAUCCGGAGGGUCAUCUGGGCUCCUCUGUCUCCUGUGUGUGUCUCAGGUAUAUUCGGCCAGCGGUUGGAGGACACGGUGCAGUACGAGAGGAAGUCGGGCCCCCGGCUGGCCCCCCUGCUGGUGGAGCAGUGUGUGGACUUCAUCAGGGGCCGAGGUCUGGACGAGGAGGGGCUCUUCAGGAUGCCGGGGCAGGCCAACCUGGUCAAAGAGCUGCAGGAGGCCUUCGACUGUGGAGACAAGCCUCUGUUUGACAGUAACACAGACGUCCACACGGUGGCGUCCUUGCUGAAGUUGUACCUGCGAGAGCUUCCUGAACCAGUCAUUCCUUUCUCCAAAUACGAAGACUUUCUCACCUGUGCACAGCUUCUGGCCAAAGACGAGGAGGAGGGGGUCCAGGAGCUGGGAAGGCAGGUUAACACUCUACCUCUAGCCAACUACAAUCUCCUCACAUACAUAUGCAAGUUCCUUGAUGAGGUCCAGUCCCACUCCGGAGAGAACAAGAUGAGCGUCCAGAACCUCGCCACAGUAUUUGGACCAAAUAUCCUCCGACCCAAGAUGGAGGACCCCGUCACUAUCAUGGAAGGAACCUCUCUGGUCCAGCACCUGAUGACAAUCCUCAUCAGGGAACACGACCGUCUGUACUCAGGGAGGGACCAGGAGGGGGCCACCGUGCCCCAAACGGAGCUCCCGGUCCAGGGCCACCAGCUCCAGCACCGCAGCCUCGGAGCCUGGAUCUCAGAGGAAGACCUCCAGAGCUGCCCGCCGUCCAACCCCGACCAAGACCUGCACAGCAGCGCCUCGUCUCUGGACGCCAAACUGUGUGCAGCCGUCACCCCCACCACCGUGACCCCCACCCAGACCCCCACCCCAACCCUGAACCCCGGACCCAAACCGGGGUCCCCAUCAGGGAAAGGAGACGCCGUGGUCAGCCCGAGCAAACAAGCCAAGACCAUCCCUUCCUGGAAAUAUUCCUUUAAAAGUUCGUCUGCGCCUCGUUCCCAGCAACAAGGCAAGCAAAGCAGCAACGGCGGCGGCAACGGCGGCGGUGGCAGCUCCGCGGCGGAUACCACGAGCACGUCUUCAGGUGGGGGAGGGGGUGGGAGUGGAGGGAACUGGCUCAUGAACGGUCUGUCGUCGCUACGGGGACAUCGGCGUACGUCUUCAGGAGAACGUUCGGCCAGAGAUCGUGACUCCACCGGCUCCUCGCAGAGACUCUCCACCUACGACAACGUCACCUCCUCCUCCAGCACCGGCAGCGUCCCCAGCGUCUCCAGCACGCCGUGGUCCACGUCCUCCUGCGAAAUCUCCGUCCCCGACUCAGGAGCCGAGAACUGUGGAGCAGGGGGUGAAAUAACUGGGGACAAAGGGGAUUGGGUGGAGGGCCAGAGGGAGCCGACGGAGCCGAGCUCGGAGCAGGACAGCUGCGAGGCCAUGGAGCUCUGCAGCAGCAGCGCCGCCUGCAGCGAGAACGGGAACAGCGUUGCCGUGGCGGCCGGCGUGCCGUCCAUUAUCAUGUCUGAGGAUGGAGACGGGAAUAAUCUGACACUCGGCGGUCUGGUGGAAGGACUGAAGGACGAGUUGCGGAAACAGAAGACUUCCUACGAGGCCAGGAUCCAAAAGUAAGUCUUCUUAAGGGUUCGGGGGUUCCUAAAGUGGUGCCAGAUGGGAAACUAACUUAUAUUGAAGUUUAUUUUUGUAGGAUAAGCCCUGUGAGUUGUCACAACUCGUUUACCAGGGGGUCCUAGCACAAAACAUCAAGACAUAACACAACUCAGCACAAUACAAUGAAAGGAAACAAUACAAUACAGACAAUAAAAUAAAAUGUGUUAAAAAUAUGAUCC